UCAGUGCAGUAGCUCAGAGGGCAGUGGAAGCUCAGACUGGGGCAGAAGUAUCCCUUCGCUCCCAAAUACUUUCCAUAUUUCCUUGUCAGCAGAGACAGUUCUAUACGAAGCAGGCGGGGAGGAUCAAAGAAGACAGGGACACUGCAUAGUUUUUAAAGGACCUUUUGGGGUGUCCGGGAGAGGUCUGGGUACCUACUGAGAAGGCAGGAUGAGGGGACUCCAGGGGCAGUUUACUGAAAGGGAUCAUGCCCCGUAGAUAACAGCCCCGGCACCUUCGCCUCGCUGGCCCCGCCCCCCUGCGGCGGCUGAGACCAUGGCUCCCCGCAAGCGUGCCCGGCCCGCCUUUGGCUUCCUCUGCUGCUUCGGCAGCAGUGAGCCACCUGAGAUCAACCUGAAGGACAGUGUCCCCCUGCAGUUGCUGGAGUUCAGCGCACCCAUGCCCCCGGAGGAGGAACUGCAUGCCCGCUUCUCGGAGCUGGUGGACGAACUGGAUCUCACCGACAAGAACAGGGAGGCCAUGUUUGCCCUGCCUGCUGAGAAGAAAUGGCAGAUCUACUGCAGCAAGAAGAAGGAACAAGAGGACCCCAACAAGCUAGCUACCAGCUGGCCCGACUACUACAUAGACCGCAUCAACUCCAUGGCUGCAAUGCAGACCCUUUUUGCCUUCGAUGAGGAGGAGAUGGAGAUGAGGAACAAAGUGGUGGAGGAUCUGAAAACAGCACUUCGCACUCAGCCCAUGAGAUUUGUGACGCGUUUCAUUGAGCUGGAUGGCCUCACCUGCCUGCUCAACUUCCUGAAGAGUAUGGACUAUGAGACGUCGGAGAGCCGCAUCCACACCUCCAUCAUCGGCUGCAUCAAGGCGCUGAUGAACAACUCGCAGGGGCGCGCCCACGUGCUCGCCCACCCGCAGAGCAUCAACACCAUCUCCCAGAGCUUGCGCCAGGACAACAUCAAGACCAAGGUGGCCGUGCUGGAGAUCCUGGGGGCCGUGUGCCUGGUGCCCGAUGGCCACAAGAAAGUACUACAGGCCAUGGUUCACUACCAGAAAUAUGCCGUAGAGAGGACGCGCUUCCAGAGUCUUCUGAACGAACUGGACAGGAGCACAGGACGUUAUAGAGAUGAGGUUAAUCUGAAGACCGCCAUCAUGUCCUUCAUCAAUGCUGUGCUAAAUGCAGGGGCUGGAGAGGACAACCUUGAAUUUCGCCUCCAUCUGAGGUAUGAAUUCCUAAUGCUGGGGAUCCAGCCAGUCAUUGACAAACUCAGAGGUCAUGAGAAUGCCACGUUAGACAGACAUUUGGACUUCUUUGAAAUGGUGCGGAAUGAAGAUGACAGUGAACUCGCCAAACGCUUUGAUGUGAUGCACGUGGACACGAAGAGCGCCAGCCAGAUGUUUGAGCUGAUCAAGAAGAAGCUGAGCCACACGGACGCCUACCCUCACCUUCUCUCCAUUCUCCAGCACUGCCUCCAGAUGCCCUAUAAACGCGGGGCAGGCAGUAUUCAGCAGUGGCAGCUCCUCGACCGGAUCCUUCAGCAGAUCAUUCUGCAAGACGACAAAGGGGAAGACCCAGAUGUUUCACCCUUGGACAAUUUCAAUGUAAAAAACAUAAUUCGAAUCUAUGGAAAGCAACGCUUGUCCAGGCUUGUGAAUGAGAAUGAGGUGAAACAGUGGAGAGACCAGGCAGAGAGGUUCAGGAAAGAACACGCCGAGCUCAUGGCACGGCUUGAGAGGAAGGAGCGAGAGUGUGACACCAAAACACAAGAGAAAGAAGAAAUGAUGAAGACUCUGAACAAGAUGAAGGACAAACUGCAGAGAGAAGGCGUGGAGCUGCGCUCGGCCAGGGAGCAAGUUUUGGACCUGUCCUCUCGGAUCAGCGACAUUUCUAAUGGAGGUGUUCUGUUUCCUGCACCUCCACCCGGGGGCCCCAUGGCUCCUCCUCCUCCACCCAUGAUGGGUGGCUUUCCACCCCCACCCCCUCCACUCCCUUUCUCCAGCCCGCCCCCACCGCCGCCACCUCCGCCUCCUCCUGGGGGUCCCCCACCUCCUCCUGGAGCACCGCCCAUCUUCAGUGGAGCCCCACCUCCACCAGGGCCGGCUUCCUUCAGCAGCAGCGGCACGAGCUUCCGCACCAAGAGCAUCCCUCAGCCGUCGCACCCACUCAAGUCCUUUAACUGGGCCAAACUGGGCGAGAACAAGAUCAAUAGUACCAUUUGGCAUGACAUCGAUGAUCUGAAGGCCUUCAAAGUUCUUGACCUGAAGGACAUUGAGAAAAUGUUCUCAGCUUAUCAGAGGCAGCAAGACCUGCUCACUAACCAAUCCUUCAAGCAGAAGGAGACUGGUUCCAUGGACGACUUGUACCUGAGCUCACGGAAAGUAAAGGAGCUGUCUGUCAUCGAUGGGCGGCGGGCACAGAACUGUGUUAUCUUGCUCUCCAAGUUGAAAAUGAGCAAUGAGGAGAUCAAAAGAGCCAUUCUGGAGAUGGAUGAGCAGGAGGAGCUGGCUAAAGAUAUGUUAGAGCAGCUGCUGAAGUUUAUCCCGGAGAAGAGCGACAUCGACCUGCUGGAGGAGCACAAGCACGAGCUGGAGCGCAUGGCGCGCGCUGACCGCUUCCUCUUCGAAAUGAGCAGGAUCGACCACUACCAGCACAGGCUACAGUCCCUCUUCUUCAAAAAGAAGUUUGCAGAGCGACUCGCUGAGGCCAAGCCAAAGGUGGAGGCUAUUCUGUGUGCAUCUCGCGAGGUGAUCCGGAGCAAGCGUCUGACUCAGAUCCUGGAGGUGGUCCUGGCCUUCGGCAACUUCCUGAACAAAGGCCAGAGGGGCAAUGCCUACGGCUUCAAAGUGUCCAGCCUCAAUAAGAUAGCAGACACCAAGUCAAGCAUAGACAGGAACAUCACCAUGUUGCACUACCUGAUCAUGAUCUUUGAGAAGAACUAUCCUGAUAUCCUGAACAUCCAACAGGACCUGCUCAGUGUACCCGAUGCAGCCAAAGUCAACUUGGCUGAACUGGAGAAGGAAGUCUACAGUAUUAAGGGUGGACUUAAGGCCCUAGAGGCAGAGCUCCAGUACCAGCAGAGCCACACCAGAGACCGAGGGGACAAGUUUGUGCCUGUGGUCAGCGACUUCAUCACUGUGGCAAGCUUCAGCUUCUCCGAGCUAGAAGAUCUGCUGAGCGAGGCCAAGGACAAGUUCGCCAAGUCCCUGAAGCACUUUGGAGAGGAGGAGGGCCGCAUGCAGCCAGAUGAGUUCUUCGGCAUCUUCGACACCUUCCUGCAGUCCUUCAGUGAAGCGAGGCAGGACCUGGAGAAUAUGCAGCGUCGUAAGGAGGAAGAGGAGAGGAGAGCACGCAUGGAGGCCAUGCUGAAGGAGCAGAGGGAGCGAGAGAGGAGGGCCAAAAAGAAUGCAGGUGGGAGUGCGGCCGAGGAGGUGGGCGAGUUCGAUGACCUCGUGUCGGCCCUGCGCUCGGGGGAGGUCUUCGACAAGGACCUCUCGAAGCUCAAACGCAACCGCAAGCGAUCUGUCAACCAGCUCGUAGAGGGCAGUGGGCGUGAGCGACCGAUCACCAAGGUCAACUACUGACCUCUACCUUUGUUUUUACUCAGAGACCGUACCAUGCCUGAAGGAAAAGACUUACUGCCA